UUUUAAUUAGAUAAUCCAAAGAAAGUUCCUGUCCACAAGAUUCGAGUUCAAGUAUGAUUUAUAUCAUAUAAUACAUAGUUAUGAUAGUAGUAAUAUAAAUAGUGAAUAAUGAAGCCGGUGUCCGCAUCUCCUCUCAGUCCGUCGGUUAAAGUGAAGCUUUUAAACGCUGGUUUCCUCACAUCAGAGGAGCUGCUUCAACUUAAACCUCUGCAGCUCAGUAAAGAGGGAGGUCUGUCUCUAGAGGAGGCUCUGGAGGUCCAGCAGAUCCUCAGAGAAGGAGUGGACCUGCCUGGUGAGGGAGGAGCAGGACUUGGGUCCACUGCCCUCGAGCUCCUCCAGCAGGAGGAAAGGAGCAUCGUGACCUUCUGCUCCAGUCUGGACGCUGCGCUGGGAGGGGGGGUCCCAGUGGGGAAGACCACCGAGCUGUGUGGAACUCCAGGGAUGGGGAAGACACAGCUGUGCCUGCAGCUGUGUAUAGACGUCCAGAUCCCGGAGUGCUUCGGGGGUCUGGGCGGGGAGGCGGUGUUCGUGGACACAGAGGGCAGCCUGGUGGUGCAGAGGGUGGCCGACAUGGCCCAGGCCGCCGUGCAGCACUGCUGCCUCCAGGACCAGGACGCGGAGCAGCGAGACGCCCUGAAGGACUUCACCACAGAGAGCCUCCUGGGCCACCUCUACCUGAUGCGUUGCCAUGACUACGUGGAGCUGUUAGCCCAGGUGCAACUCCUGCCAGACUUCCUGGUCAAGAACCCCAAGGUCCGCCUCCUGGUGAUUGACAGCUUGGCCUUCCCUUUCCGCCGGCACUUCGAGGACCUGAGCGUGAGGAGCCGCCUCCUGAGCGGCCUGGCCCAGCAGCUCAUCAGGAUGGCCAGCCAACACCGAGUGGCAGUGGUCUGGACCAAUCAGAUGACCAGUCAGCUGCGGGGCGGCCAAUGGGAGCUGGUCCCGGCCCUCGGGGAGAGCUGGGGUCACUCGGCCACCCAGAGGCUCCUCCUCCACUGGAGCGGCGGCCGGCGCCUGGCCUCCGUCUUCAAGUCUCCCAGCCAAUCAGAGAGCAGCGUGGCCUACAGCGUCACGCGGGAGGGCUUCAGGGACGCCGGCCCAUUGGCCAGCAGCCCAUCAGGGCGGGAGCAGGACUCCAGCAGCCAAUCAGAGAGCAAGCAGGACUCUAGCAGCCAAUCGGGGAGCAAGCGGCCCAGGACGCAGGAGGGCCAAUGAUCACAUUUAAAGACCCAUUAUUUAACGUUUUGAUCGGGACCCGUUGGUCUGAUCGCGUGCUUUUAUACCCACAUAGCUGUCAGUUCAAUUCAGAUUACAUCUCUUCAUUCAGUGGUCAUGAAAAUCUUGUAAACUGAAUUAAAUUGUUCCCAAACAGCAGUCGACUUCCUGUAAACACAUUCCUCCAG